GGGGAGGCAGCUUUCCCCGGGAGCGCCCGUGCUGAGUAAGCCGGCCCAUGUGAAAAGGAGACGAGGGGUUCCCUUUCCACGAGCGGCAUUUCGCGCAUUUGCACUUUCGGGAGCCAACGCGGAACCUUUUGCGGACUGAACAUGCCACUCGAGGCUCAUAUAUUCCUAUGGUCAGAAAGGGGAUACAGAGGACUAUACUUCUGACUUCAACCACUUCCAGAGCAUGAGCCAAGACACUGGAAUUGCAAGCUUUCCUUAUCAGCACAAGUAGAAAUCAGCCACAACGACAACAUGGAUUACAAGGAGUUACGUCUGAAUGAAUGGAAUGAGGGCCAUGUUAAGUGCUGGCUGGAUUCCAUUGGAAUUAAGAAAGAGUAUGUGGAAAAGCUCUGUGAAGAGGAAGUCACUGGUUCAACACUUGAGGUAUUAGAUGAGCCAUUCCUCAAGGGAAUGGGCAUGAAACAAGGCCAAAUCCAUAUACUAAUGCACAAAAGAAAUAAACUCUUGCAGCAGAAUAUUGGGAUUCAUUUCACCGAAGCAGUUAAUGACACCAAAGCUGUUAAUGAAGUUAAGGCCGCAAGUGUUUCAGACACUAACAACACCAAUUCAGAGAAGGGAAGCCCAAAACUCGGAGAGUUGGACUCACCAACCCAAGUGAAAAGGACUAUGCUAGAGGAAACCAAACAGAAGCAGUCUGCUGUUCAACCAAUUGCCUUACCACAUGGCACUUCAAAAGUCCAAGGUUCCAAUGAAACAGACAGAAUACAUACAACUUCUACAUUUGAUGAAACAGACAGUGCACCUAAUACUGUUAUUUUGGGUGACCAAGUACGCCUGAGCCCAUUCAGGCCGUUCAAAAGUGACAGCAUCAAUUUUAAGUAUGUUAGAAAUGCAGUCCUCUCCCCAGAAACAGGUGUUAUCAAUUUAAUUAGCCCCUGCCAUGAAUAUAAAUCUUUUGAGGGAGCUGCAGGACUGGACAGGCAAAGAUUGCAAGCAAAGCUAGCCUGUGAGGUGAUCAAGUUUGCUUCUGCUUGUCUGAAUGUUCGAACAAAUGGCACUAUUCACUUUGGAAUCAUGGACAGUGUUGAAAAAAAGGGCCGGAAACAUGGACAAAUAGUAGGGAUACCAAUAAGAGAAAGGGACUGGUAUGUGGAUGCUUUAGAUUACAUAGAAAAAUGCUUUGACCGUGAUCACCAAGGAGCUGCAAGACUUUGUAUCCACCCUCCUGUUUUCAUUGAACUUAUUCAGAAAGAUUCGCAUGAGCAAUACUUUGUAGUCGAAAUUGACAUUGAAGCAUCAUCCAACACUGUAAAAGGGAAGUUGUUUCAAGUACGUCUACCACAUUUUAAUGAAAAAAGUAAUAAGGUAAACUUAGACAAGGAUAAAGUUGCCUUUCAAAGGGUUGGUUCAAAAUCUGAACCAGUAAAGAAUGAAAAUCUAGUGGCAUUCAUUCAGAAUUUAGGAGAGAGAGAUGCUUGGAGAGAAAAGCAGGAAUCAUCUAACCAUGAAAAUCAAAUAGAUGAACCUCAAAAUUUAGGGCGAAAACUAUCUGUCCUAUUGGCAGCUGACAGAAACUAUAUAGAUAACUCUCUGUGGUAUAUACUUGUUACAAAUAAAUGUAGAGAGGAAGACCUCGAUUCUAUUGACUUUUUGAAGGACUUGAACAUUUUCUGUGUAUUUGAUUUUGAUGAGGACUCCUGUGUGUCUGGUUUGUGCUCCAAGUAUAGAGAACACCAUGCAAUCAACUGUUACUUCUUAAAAGAGUAUUCUGAACGCAAAACAGAAACUGGAAAUGAAAGGUUCUGGAUAUUUUGCAACGGACGCAGCGACUUCCAGGGGGAUAAAAACAUUUGUGAUGAAAACACUUGGAUUAGAACGAAAAAGAAGUAUCUAAAGAAAACUGUAUCUUAUAUCUGUGACGAGGUCCUCCCAAGGGGUUCUUUUCUGGUACUUUUCCUACUGCUGUCGCCUGUGGAGAAACCAAUUGUAGACACUUUUCAUGAAUUCUACAGUGAAUUAAAUGGCACACAGUUCAUAAUAUGCCUUGCUGAAUCCCGAGAAAACUAUGAGAAGUGGGCUAACCUGGCUCAAGCUUCCUGUAGCUUUGAGACCCUAGAGCAGAUCAGCAUUGUAGGCAUGAAGCUAAGUCACGUGGAUGCCACAAUCCGAAAGAUGCUGCCCUCUACAACAAACUGCAAACACCUACCAGUUUCCACAAAGGGGCUCUGCAUGCUUCCUACACUAAAGGAAGAGAAAAUGUCUUCUCUUGAAAUAUUGUUUGCUGAUCAGUGUGAUGAAAUGAAAGACAUUUCUCUGAAUCAAAGAGAAAUACGGGAGAUCGAUGAAGCUUUCCAUCGAGGUAAAAAAGUCAGCUGGAAAAAUUUCUGGCUUGCUGAUAAAAAGAAGUGUGGGGAGCUUAUUGAACGGGAAGCUUGUAAAAAAGUUUCUGGAAUGCUGAAUGACUGUGUGCAGGGCAAUGGAUUCAGGUAUCCUGUGGCUAAAGUGAAAGUGUUCCACCAGCCAGGGAGUGGAGGAAGUACUGUCGCAAGGCAAGUGCUGUGGAAACAAAGGAAGGAUUUUCGAUGUGCUGUCAUCAGAACAACAUACCCAGUUGCUAUUGUGUGUCAACAUGCAGUUGAAUUCCGACAUUAUGAUGAAAAAGAUCUCAGAGUUUCGCUCCCUGUCCUUCUUCUGGUGGAAGAUUAUGAUGAAGAAUACCUUGAUGAACUAAGCUCUUCUUUAACUGGUGCCAUGGUACCUAAGAAACGCCAUCCUCACAGACCUUCUUUCAUCCUCCUUUGCUGUAAACGCUCCAAUUUCCCUGAAAAGCUUUGCAGGACUUCCCCUCAGAAUACAGUUGCUGUCAUUCACAAACUGACAGAUGAUGAGAAAAGCAUGUUUAGAACAAAGCUAGAAAAAUAUGAAAAUCAGAAGGAUUUUAAAUUUGAAUAUAUCCUUACAUUUGUCCUCAUGAGCAAAGAAUUUGAAAGAAAAUAUGUGAAAGAAUUUGUGGAGCAUUUCCUCAAAGACAUAGACUCAUUUUCCCGUGAAACCACUUUGAUGAGGUAUGUCGCCUUACUCAAUUUCUAUGUGCAUGAUUCAUACAUAUCUUUAUCCCACUGUGAGGCUUUCUUAGGACUUAAGAUAUAUGGAGAUGAUAAAAAGAGACAAUAUGGUUUCAUAAGUCACUUAAGUGAACAGGCACGACUUAUUUUCACUGAGCUGAGAGAAACUACCUCUUAUAUUUCAUCCAUUCAAAUAAUACACUAUCUGGUUGCGGGGGAAAUACUGAAUCAGCUCUCAAGAGGUCAGCCCCAGAGUGAAAUUGCCAUGGAAUUGCUCAAGGAACAGGUAUUGCUACAGCAUAGGUUUGGGCAGGAAGAGUUUCUAAAGUUCAUCAGAAACCUGUUUAUAAGACGUGAUAAAAGGAGUAGAGGGGAUGACACUGAUAGCCUUUUCUCUCCAUUCAUUGAGCAUAUCUUGGAGACUGAAAGUUCAGGAAAAGCCAUAGAAGUUUUAAAAUGUGCUUAUUACUACCUAGAAAAAAAUGCUUUCCUUGCCCAACUACUUGCCAGAAUACAAUGUGUAGAAGGUCAUGAGAAUUUUGAAGAAGCCCAGCACUGGGCAGAAAAAGCUAAAUCUCGCUUGCCAAACGAUUCUUUCAUCUUGGACACAGAAGGACAAGUAUAUAAGAAAUGGUUUUGCUCUAGAGUAAAGAAAAAAUCAGAUGAAGACACUCCUGAAGUCAUCAUUCCAAUUAUAGAACUUGCUCUUAAAGCUAUCAAGUGCUUCAAAGCUGCACAACAAGCCGCAAGGUCUGAGAAAGAAAGCAUGAAUAACUCUGGUUAUUUUGGAGAAGUAGAUGUUGGAUGUCAGUUACUAAAACUAUUAUCUACACUUCAUGUAUUUUCCAAAAAUGCAAAAGGAGAGCAUCCUGAACUUUCCCUGUAUUUACUUACAGAUUAUAUUCCAGAAGAUAUCAGAAAGCCAUGGGCGAACCUUCAUAGUCGCUUAAAAGGUUUACAUCAGAAUAUUUACAAUGCUCUGGACUGGAUUUCAGAAGAUCUAAGUUAUUUCCAAACAGAGAAAAGCCAAAGCGAUGAUGAAAAUGAGCGAGAAGAAGAGAAGAAAAGUGAAAAAAAGAAAAGGCAAAGGAGAAGAGAAGAACAAGUGAAUAAUCCCAGGAGAUGGCUCAAAAGACAAUGUAAUGAGUUCGCAACAUACUUCUGUUCAGAGAUACUUACUGAAGAAAAAGAUGUAAAAUUCAAAAAUCUUCAUUUAAUCAAGCAAAUGAAUAUUUAUAAAUAUGGAGGGGGGAAUGUCACCACCAUUUUGUCAUUCCUAUCAGAUAAGAAUGAUAAGAAAUCAGUUCAAACUCUUGAAAAAAUAAUAAGCUGCUACUCAGAAGACCCACAGAAAGAGAGUUGGGAAGAGAUAGACCUUACCAAUUAUAUACUGUGUCACUUUACCUUAGCAUGUCUGUCCCCUGGCUCACCCAAGCUCCUGGACCUUCCGGCACUCCGAGAAUGCAGCAAGGGAUUUGUUAAAAAGCGAAAAACUUCACUUCCUGCAAGCACUUACUUUUUGCUUACUUUACUUUAUUGGCCUGAUGCGGCUUUGGACAAAGAUGCUAACUCCAGGAAAAAUGAUAUCUUAACAUCAGCCCUUGCUAAAUUGAAACACUUACAUGACACUAAAAUAAAAGAUGUUCCUCCACGGAAGAAAAGAAUCUACACAAUAUUUUUCUUGGGGAAAGGCUAUGGUCUAAGGAAGAUUGUGCCCAGGGCAAAGAUUGAUGAGUUCCUGAAGGGCUCUCUGAAUGAACGGCGAAGCGCAUGGCAAAAUGGGGAAGUGUGGAAGAUAGGUGAAGUACAUAAUCUGCUAGAAAGAGUUAAUGGAUGGGCAGAAGGUGGCAAAAUUUUUGCAUCAGGUCACUCUGAAAAGAUUCCAAUUUUACCCUUGCAUUUUGAUUCAGUGCCACCUGGAAAUGAAAAUGUAAAAUUUUAUCUAGGCUUCACAUUUAAUGGACUUGUAGCCCAUGACAUUCAGGUAAACAUGUAAGAAAAUACCCACUAUCUAGUAAAGAUUAAGAAACCACACUGCCCACAAUAAGCAGCUCUAUUGUUUUGCUUAUGUUUCCAUUUCUUUUUGCAAGGCUUUUUAGAAAGAAUUUAGGAAAGAAGUACAAACUAAUGAGAAGUCUAUAAUUUGCAUAACUUCACAGAGACAGACAAAACUACAUAUAGUCAAAAUAUGUUUUCUUUCUGGGCAUGUGUAGAAGCAAGGAAAUGGACACAGAAAUUUCAUUGCAGCCUUUUAAAUAGCACAUUGACUUCAGCAAUAUUCAAAAAAUUUUGGGACUUGCCAGAGAGCUUUAUUGAAAUACAAUUACUCAUAAUAAAAUUAGUAAAUAAUACUGCUGAGUGGCAGUGAAGCAGGGCAGAAAUAUUCCAUUGAAAAAUGUCCAGUGUUAUUUUUUCCAUGGAAAAAAUGCCACACCAUACAUGUCUGCAUUUUUCCAUCAUUGUCUGGACUGUUUUACUAUCAUCAGUUAUGUCAGAUGGGCUGAAUAUAGGUCAUGAACUUCUGCAAGUUGUUCCUCGAAGUGAGGUGUGGUGGUUACAAUGGUGAGAGGGUUGGACUGGAACUUGGAAGAUCCAGGUUCUUCCUCACAGGGCUGGAUAAAAUAGAGAGCUGGAAUAUCUUGUAAGUUGUCUUGGGUUCUUUGUAAAAGGAAGAAAGGCAGGGUAUAAAUGCCAUGCAAUAAUAAUAAUAAUUGAUGGACACUAGUGCUCAGGUGCCAAUGGAGGAACUGAAAGGUAUGGCAACCCUUUCCUUAUUCUUGCAAAAUACAUUUGGCUCCAGGCUGGGUCUGUUCCAGACUUUUACAUGGUGUAACUGUCCUAUUUUGCUAGCAUUCAAUAACAAACAUAAAGGAAACUGAAAUUGAAACAAAGACUGUGAUCACCAGUUGUUUUGCUUAAGAACAUAGGAAGAGCCCUGCUGGAUCAGACCAAGGGUCCAUCUCGUCCAGCAUUCUGUUCACGCAGUGUCCAGUUGUCUUUGGGAACCCACAAACAAUAUUUGAGUGUAACAGCAGUGUCCUACCCAGGUUCCCCAGUCUGUACCCUUCCUUUAGUGAAACAGACUGUUCAGCUCGUCUCAUCUUUAAAUGGAACUGAUAAGCAGUGCUGAGAGUGAGCAAAGCUGAAGGCUCUACAGAUAGCUUAGCAAAAGAAAAUUAAACUGUUGAUCAACUCUCUUUGGGAAUUAUCCUUUAAUAGUGCUUUCUUUCAUUUCUGUUAAAUUUAAACAAAGAUAAGGGAAUACAGUAUUGUCUUUACAUUUUUACAAAUAUUUCAUUAAAAUAAUUUCCACAUAAAAUGUCAACUUUUUUGACUAGAACAUUCAAAUUACUUUGUAUGG